AAGACGAUCGCGCGAUCCCUCUCCUCGCUGCCCCUCGCAAUCGGCGAGUUCCUGGUCAUCGCGGGCUUCUCCGCGCUCGGCACGGUCAUCGAACAGAACAAGGGAGCAGCGUGGUACGUCCAGAACUACCCGGUGGACGAGCCCGCCUUUGGCUUCAUCGAUUAUCCAUUCAUCCUCAACUUUGGACUGGAUCACAUAUACACCGAGUGGUACUUUCUCGCGCUCCUCGGCGCGCUCGCCGCGUCUCUGACGGCCUGCACGUUCACGCGCCAGCUCCCAGUGUGGAGGGUCAGCGCGGACUGGAAGUUCCUGGACCGACCGGCCACCUUGCUCAAGAUGGAGGAGUCGGAGACCUUGCCAAGGGCUCGGAGCUCAGAUCUGGCCAGCCUCCUCGCCAGGCGCGGCUACCAGGUUUUCGUGAAGGGGAAGAAGAUGUACGCGUUUAAGGGGCUCAUCGGUAGACUUGCACCCAUAGGUGUGCACGCAGGGCUCCUGCUAACCCUGGGAGGCGCGGCGUAUUCUGGUCUCGGCGGACUGGGCGGCAGCGUGAUGGUUCCCGAGGGGACAGAGUUUCAGAUCGGAGCCGGGCUUCGAAGGGGUGCCCCGUUCGCGCCUACUCCGGCCGUCGCUAAGGAUAUCGUCCGCGUGAACGACUUCACCAUAGAGUACCUGCCGAAUGGCCAGGUCUCGCAGUUCUUCUCGGACCUCUCCGUCGUGGACUCCAAGAAUGGACGCGAGAUUCAGCGAAAGACCAUCUCCGUCAACGUGCCCCUGCGCGAGGGCGGCGUGACGAUGUACCAGACGGAUUGGGAGAUCGCGUCCAUGCAGGUGAGGGUGGCGGAGGUUGGAUUUAAGACCGAAGACGCCGCCGCGACGUCCCAGGGCGACUCGGGUCCCGCGCCCGAGGCUGAGGAUUCGGCGACUUCGGGUUCGGCAUCUGUCGAGCUGCCCGAGGGCGCCGGCGAGAGCCUCAGCCUCCCGAUGGCCAACCUCGAGGGCAAGGGCAACUUCCAGGGCCGCAUCUGGGGCACGUUCCUACCCCUCAACCCCGACUCGAGCGACCCGGUCGAGGCGAAGCGGGGCGUGACGCUCCUCGCGAGGGACUUUCAAUCAGUGGCGAUAUACGCAUCCGACGGUUCCUUCGCGGGUGUGCGUCGACCUGGGAGCGGGCGGCCCAUCGAGGUGGACGGAUUGAGGCUGGUGGUCGAGAACAUGAAGGGCAGCACGGGCCUGGAGCUCAAGACGGACCCGGGAGUGCCGUGGGUGUACGCGGGCUUCGCGGGUCUCAUGGUCACCUCGUUCCUGAGCCUGCUGUCGCAUUCGCAGGUGUGGGCGGUGCAGUCGGAGGGGGGUGGCGGGACGGUGCUCCACGUCGGGGGCAGGAGCAACCGGGCCAAGGAGGAGUUCAAGUCGGAGCUGGACGACGUGCUGAACCAGCUUCCGGAG